UUUUUUUGUAUAUUUUCAGGGAGUUAGAAGUGGGAAUCGGAUAGGGAAUGUCUGGCACGGUUUGCCAGUCUAAGCCUAACGUUAGGGGAGGAGGAAAGAAAGUUCGGACAUGGCCCUAUCGUGGCCGCGGUUGGACGGACCUUAUAAGGUUGGCUUGUACGAACAGUAGCGUCGAUCGACCGCCUUCGUCUUUAGAAGCAGAGGAGUGCGCGGCAGCAAUAAGGACGCCAUCGGUGCGUCGCUACACCACACUCCGCCGGUGGUUAUCGAAUUGUACGGAUGGUGAAUGGAUACGGGAUUUCCUUCGUCACCAUGGUCUAGCCAUUCUACUCGAUUCUUUGCGUUCUUUGUGUGCCUACACGGAUUUCCACAACGCUCUUCUUCAAAUUGAAUGUGUCAAUUGCGUCCGGGCGGUUAUGGAUUCGCGACUUGGUUUGGAUUACAUCGUCGAGAACGGCGAAUACACGCAGAAACUGGCUACCGCUCUAGACACCAGUAGCGUCACCGUUAAAAAGCAAGUGUUCGAACUGUUGUCGGCCCUCUGCGUGUACAACUCUCAAGGUUACCAAAGAACACUCGAAACACUAGAAAAUUACAAAAACCAGAAAAAUGAAAGAUACAGGUUCAAACUGGUGGUGGACGAGUUACGCUCGGCGAAGACAAUUGAGUAUCAAACCUCCUUAAUGGCAUUCGUUAACUGCACCAUCAUCUCCGCAUCAUCCGUAAGAGAAAGAGUCAGAACCAGAAACGAGUUUAUAGGUCUGAAAAUUCUGGAUUUAAUUGCUCAAAUGAGAAGAGAAGUAGUUAACAAUCCCGAAUCCGAUCUGGUAGUGCAGUUGGAUGUUUUCCAAGAGCAGCGUGAAACCGAUGAGAGUCAAUUAACCGGACCCGAUGGAGUGGACCUAAAUAGCCAUUUAGAUGUGUUCUAUGCCAUACUCAGGCAGGUAUCGGAAACUCCACAAGAAGCACCGUUUCUCAAUCUGCUUCAGCAUCUAUUGAGGAUCGACAGCAGCCAACCGAUUUCUGAUAUUAUUUGGGACACGGCCGAGACUCUGGUCCACCGUGCCACUUUGCUAGAGUCUAAACAGGAUUCGGAAAAACUGCUGAGAUCGCCCAGUCACACCAGACUGAGAAUGUGCCAAUGUUCGUGUCACAAAUCGGAGGAUUGCGAUAGUAGAUUACGCAGGCGCGUCACUUCUCAAUUAUCCUUCACCGGACUGGUUUCACCCGGAUGUACUCCCGCCACACCUUUUACACCGACCACACCGUGUCUUCCGGAACAUUCGGAGCAUCCUCAAUGUCUUCCUCCGCCCGUGCCUCCUCACUGCUGCCAGCCGCCACCCGUACCUCCUCACUGCUGCCAGCCUCCACCCGUACCGCCUCACGCCUGUCUGGCGCCUCCGGUGCCUCGUCACGCCAACCACGCUUGCCAUUCGCCCACACACAAAAUUCAAGAACCACCGGUGCCGCCGCCUCCUCCUCCUCCGAGUCUACCUCCGCCCGCACCUCCUCCACCUCCGCCUCCGCCUCCACCCCCUCCACCGUUAGGUUGUCCGCCCCCGCCGCCUCCCCCUCCGGGCGGGCCAUUCUUACCCGGAGGAUUGGCACCCACCGUCGGCAUCAAGCUUCCUCAACUGGAGACACCAAAGCCAAAGACCAAGAUGAAGACCCUCAAUUGGUGCAAGAUACCGAGUCAGAAAGUGAUAGGAAAAGACAAUUUGUGGUCGUUAGUGGCCAAGACUCACAAAGGUUGUAAGAACGACCUGGAUUUCGAUAUUAUGGAAGGACUAUUUUGCCAACAAACCAGUUCCAUGCUAAACGGACAAUCAUCCCCCAGAUUGGGAGGAAGAGACAGAACGGACAGUCUCGAGAGAAAGAAAAGGGAAUCUAUGGAGGUGAACUUGCUGGAUGGCAAGCGAAGCCUCAACAUCAACAUUUUCCUAAAACAGUUCCGCAGCACUAAUGAAGAGAUCAUAAGGAUCUUGAGAGACGGUUGCCAUGAGGAUAUCGGAGCAGAGAAACUAAGAGGACUUCUCAAGAUCUUACCGGAGUCAGAUGAGGUGGAGAUGUUACGUGGUUACGACGGGGAUCAAAGCAAACUUGGAAAUGCCGAAAAAUUCAUUUUACAGCUGGUGGAACUGCCGCACUAUCGUCUCCGGAUUGAAAGCAUGCUUUUGAAGGACGAAUUUUCUGCAAAUCUGCUUUAUUUAGAACCUGCCAUCGAAAGUGUCAACAUGGCCGCUCAAGAGAUCAAAGAGUGUAAAGACUUGCACGAAAUACUCUACAUGGUGCUAGUAGCUGGGAACUUCCUUAAUGCUGGUGGUUAUGCAGGAAAUGCUGCGGGUUUUAAGAUGAUGUCUUUGGUGAAGCUCGCUGAUAUUCGUGCCAAUAAACCCGGCAUGAACCUCAUCCAUUACGUUGCUUUGGAAGCGGAGAAGAAAAAUGCGAAACUUCUCAAGUUUCCAGAUACAAUGGUGAAUUUGGAAGAAGCAGCCAAAGUGUCGAUAGAAAGUUUAAAAUCUGACGUAUCCAGUUUGAGUGAAAAAGUGUCUACGAUCUGUCGGCAAGUAGAAACUGGGGGAAAAGACAUCAAAGAACAAAUGGAAGAAUUUCUAAAGUAUGCUAAACUAGUGGUAGAAAAUAUUGAACAGGAUAUUAGCAAUCUGGAAAAUGUUCGAAUCAGUCUGGCCGAGUUUCUCUGCGAGGAUCUACAAACCUUCAAACUGGAAGAAUGUUUCAAAGUAUUUCACAAUUUCUGCCAAAGAUUCAAGACAGCCGUCGAGGAAAACGAAAGGAGAAGACAGCAAGAAAAGCUCGCUGAAGUGAGAAGAAAACAGAGAGAGGAACAAAUGAACUUGAAGCGACGCAGCUCAGGAGCGUCGGAAGGAAGAUCCAAUUCUUUGGCAUCGAACGAUGCGGAUGGACACAUCGUGGACGUGUUGCUGGGCGACAUCAGAAACGGGUUCCACCGCAUCACCGACGUCACGGGAAGUCCAGGAAGAAGAAGAAGGAUUCUGGGAGAGAAUGGGUCAGACUUGAUAAGAACUAACAGCCAGAACAGCAGCGUUCCAUCCGAAGAAGAAACGGGAGUGUCGCCUAGGGUUAUUCGAAGAAGGAUUAGUUCUUUGAGUACUUCCAACGGAGAAGAAAACGGAGAUUCUCCGGACACGACACCUAACGGAAGUCUCAGAAGAAGAAGGAACAGAAUGUCUUCGGACGGAGACGAUAACCUCAUCGAAUAUCUUCGCCAGGCAGCGGACCAAGAUCUGCAAGGGAAAGAUAGGAAAUCUUGGAACAGCAUAGAAGACAAAGCGUUGGUCAGAAGGUCGAGCGGGCGGAGGAGGCGUCAAGACAUCUUGGAAAUGAACGAGAGAGAAAGGCCCGCUUCGCCGAUAUCCCCCACCAUCGACAAUCCCGAAUUAGAAGUGAAACCCAAGUUGUGGAAGAGGAAGAUCGAAGAGUGGUUUCACGAAAACGAGAGAGAACAAGAAAGGGAGAUGAAACUGAAAGAAAAGCUGGCUUCCGAAAGAAAAAAACGGCAAGAAAUCGAAAACGUCACGAAAUUGAGAGAUUCCAUGUCCAACACGGACGUAGAAAAAGUUCUAGAAGCGGUAGAAGAACAGAGACAGACCAAAAUUGAAAAUCGACCCAAGUGGAAAAAAUCGAUAUCCGCUUCUUCUCUUCAAGACGGAAACGAAGCGGAAAAGAAAAAUACAGAAGAGGCAGUCGACCGUAAAACUCAAGAAUCUGCUCCGGAUUCACAGAUUCGAGCCGGGAAUGAGAUACCUGAUUCGUCUCGGACGAAUGCCGACCCCAAUCAAGACGUCUCCAGAAUUUCUAGAAUUAGAAAGAGGGACGUGGCGGAGGAGAAUCCAUCGACGGACUCUAACCAUAACGAUCCCGUUCAAAUGGAACGAAUGAUGAGGAGAUGCAUCAGGUACAAGAAAUUCCUGGAAUUCGACGAAUCUGUGGAAGAACCAGCACAGGAGGAAAGCGUUUCGCCAGAAACCGAUCACGAAGGAAACUUUGACAGGUUUUCCAUCAUCAGAAAGACGACGCGAAGAUCCCGUUCGAGAUCUCGCAAUCGCAAUAGCGACGACGAAGAAAUCAACCAGUCGGUCGUUUCCCCAGUUAAUAAGGAAUUGAUUUUAUCCCCCAUUCACGAGAAGAACCAGGCGGGAGGAAAAGCCGUUUCGGCCACUAAACCGGAGGAGGAACAUCAGCAGGACGUUUCCACGGAUACUCGCAAAAAAGAGAAAGUCAUGUCGUUACGUUCCAGACUGGCCAGGAGGUUGCAAUCCUUGACGGAGAACUUCAAAAAUGCCACGAGGAUUUCCGAUUGCACGGACAGAUCGGUGAGAGAGGAACAGAAGAGAGAAGAGGAAUCGGACAAUUUGUACCUAGCAGAAGCCCUGAGAAAGCAGCAAGAGUUGGAAGUGCAAAAGAAGAAAUCUUUAGAAAUACUCAAAUCUCAAGAAAAUAUAGAGAAAGAGUCCCGAGAAGCUAAGAAAGAAGAAGAAAAGAAGUUAGAAGAAAAGAAACAAGAGGUGCAGAUCUCCAAAAAGCUUCUGGACACUCAAAAGAGAUCCCAAGAUUCGUCCACGAGUAGAGAUGCGGAGGAGGACAUUACGGAAAUAUGCGAAAAUAGUAUUAGUUUGGAGUCGGAGUCUUCGGAAAGACAGAAAUUGCAAGACAGCGGCAUACUCUCUCAAACGGACUCCGUUCCUUCGCCGUUGUUACGUCACAAAACCAGUGGCACGGCCGAGCGCGACGAAGGUUUCGACGAAACCAGGUCUCACCUGAGCGACACCCAAUCCCAAGGUGCCGGAUCGAGUUGCUCGUGCGAUAUCGACUUGGCAGACUCGCCCAAGACGCCGCCUAAGAAGAAACCGAACGAAACCAUCGCCGCCAUCAAAAAGCUUCAACAGCAUUCGCCCGUACAGAAGAGAAAGAGCAAACAGGAGAUUCCUGUAGAACAGUCCCGACUUUCUAGAUCCAGGGUAGAAAACACGCGAAGACCCGUCAAACCGGAGAGGUCCAGCGGACUACCGAAGCCUAAAACCGGCGCCCAGACUCGCCUUCAGAAACCGAGCGUGGUCACUGACAGACUAAUGGAACCGCGUCAGACUAGUUCCAAAAAUAGUAGUUUGAGGAGUUCCAGGACUAGUCUGAGUGGAGACGCUCCGGUAUCGAGAAUCACCCGCCCUCCGACCGUCAACAGAUCCAGACAGGUUUCGAACCCGAAACCGGUACCGAAUUCCACAUCGCGAACCGCCGCCCAGGACAAGUCUAAAGCGGCACCGCGAGUGCUGAAACCGCCCCACCGAGUUCAAGUCACGGAAGUGAGAAGCCGUUCCAACGAGCGCCAGUGUUCGGUCGAGAAGUCUCAAAGAGCCACGUCCAAGGUGCCCUCCAGAGAGACCAAGUUACCGUCCCGUGCCAGACCCCAAACGCAAGUGGUUCCCAAGCCAUCUCGACCCAAACCGAGCCGCAUUCAACCACCCAAGAGCAGCGUGCCCAACCGAGUCAAAGAAACCGUCGCCUCUUCCUCCAAGAAGAACGCGCCGCCGCAGAAAACCUUCGGUUUCAUGAAAGCCACGUCGUCCUCCGCAGCCAAGGAACUAGCGCCUCCCCUUCAGCGCCUGAAACCGCCGGCGGUGCAGCGUAACAAAUUGAUCAGGGUGGCAUCCAAAUAAGAAACUGCACCACCUCAACACUCCCGAAAAUAUCCGUAACCGAGGAGGCAGCGUAGUGCCAAACGAAGCACACCACAGAUCUUAGAGUUUGUUAGGAG